AUGAACCCCAAAAGUCCAGAAUCAAGAAAUCGCGAUGACAACCCGUUCGACGGAUUGAAAAUAUCAAAGUCUGUUGAAUUAGAUAGCUUAGAUAGUCGAAGUCCAUGCCCACGUUGCGGCAAGUCCAGAAUGUAUUUUUGUUACACUUGUUUCGUUCCUGUCACUCAAUUAGAUGGAAGAAUUCCUUUAUGUACACUACCUAUCAAAGUUGACAUUAUUAAACAUAAACGAGAAAUAGACGGUAAAAGCACUGCUGCUCAUGCUGCCGUAUUAGCACCUAACGAUGUGAAUGUCUAUACAUAUCCUGAAAUACCAGAUUAUGAAUUAAAUGGUAAAACAGUUUUGUUAUAUCCAGGUACAGAGGCAUGCACUGUGAAAGAAUUAUUCACAGGAAAAAAUGACUCUAAAACCUAUUCUGAAAAUGUGUUAGCUGAAUUACCUUCUGGCUAUAAUCUUGGAACUCUAAGAACAAAAAUUCUUAAUCCUGAUUUUGAUGUAAAUGAAAUUUUCCAUGUAGAUAAAUUACCUAUAGAAAGACUAAUACUGAUUGACAGCACAUGGAAUCAAAGCAGAGGUAUAUUUGCAGACUCAAGAUUACAAACAAUUCCAAAAGUUGUUUUACAAAAUAGAAUAUCUCAAUUUUGGCGUCAUCAGAAGGGAAGCCCAAGAUGGUAUCUUUCAACAAUAGAGGCAUUACAUCAGUUUUUGUUAGAAUUGCAUGCUAGUGCUUGGGGCCUUAGCCCUAAUUAUCAGAAUGAACUUACAGCAAAUUACCCAAGACAUAGUCAAGAACAUCAUAUUUAUUGUAGACCUUAUAAGGGGGAAUAUGACAAUCUUCUAUAUUUUUUUAAAUUUAUGUAUGAGAAGCUUCAUACACUUUAUAAACAUGAAGAUAUGUUAGCAUACAAAAGGCCAAUGAAACUA